CGCUGACAGUUAUCUGACAAACUGGGUUCGAGGAGGAUUGGCUUGUUGCUUAGGAAGAAUUGUCUAUUUAAGAACUUUGUAAACUGUAAUUUGCUGCCAGUGGUUUUCAGAUCAGGAAGUUACUAUGGAUAGUGAAGAGACUACUAACGGAGGUCCGCCAGUCAUAAAAAUGGAUCAGGAUUGGAAUUCAGAUGGCGAUGACUGGAGUGAAGAAGCAGACGAUGAUGCAGAGCCAACAAAAUGCCUUUUUUGUGAGGAGGUAUCCCCUUCGGUAGAAAGUGCGAUUAAACACCUUCAAGUUAAACAUCGCGUUGAUUUAUUGGAACUGAAACGAAAGUUUCUAAUGGAUUGCUACUCGUACAUAAAGAUGAUAAAUUACAUUCGAAUUAACAAAAGCCAAGAUAGUGAGUUCCGUAAUGCAGACACACCUUUUUGGGAUGAUAAGAAAUAUUUGAAACCCGGCGACUAUGAGCCUUGGCUGACAUUUGAUUUCGAAUCAUUUGGGGAAAACAUUCCUGCAUCGCAAGAGAAGCAGAAAUUGGUAUAUGCAUUUGACGACUUCGAAAGUAUGAAAGCAUUAGUACUUCGUUUAGAAGAUGAAUUAAAGGAUAAGAACACACUUUUGCAACAAGCGGCUCAAGACAUCGGGACGAUGCGAUCUGGCUUCCAAAAUUUGGUUGAAAAAGAGCCAAAUCCAGAAACUGCUGACAGCAAAAGCAAAGAAUCGGGAAAUAGUGUAGGAAGUAUACCGCUGGAACGGGACAGCAACUAUUUCAGCAGCUACUCUCACUACGGAAUUCACCAUGAAAUGUUGUCGGAUGAAGUUAGGACUUCAAGUUACAGAGACGCUUUAUUAGGAAAUGCUGAGUUCCUUAAGGGAAAGACUGUAUUAGAUGUGGGUUGCGGCACUUCCAUCCUAUCUAUGUUUGCCUCGAAAGCGGGUGCCGAGGUUGUAGUAGCUAUUGAUAAUUCUGAUAUUAUCUACCAAGCCAUGGAAAUAUCUAAGACAAACAAUUUCGAGAAUAUAAAAUUCGUGAAAGGUCGCCUUGAAGAUACCGAAUUGCCAAUAGAUAGAUUUGAUGUGAUUGUAUCCGAAUGGAUGGGUUACUUUUUAAUAUUCGAAGGCAUGCUGGACUCAAUUAUUUAUGCACGCGACAAACAUCUUAAGCUUGGCGGCACAUUACUUCCAAACCGGUGUAACAUCAGCAUAGUCGGACACGGAGAUGAAGCGCGGCACCAACACUACAUAAGCUACUGGAAAGACGUUUACGGGUUCGACAUGUCUUGCAUGCAAAAGGAAGUGUUGCGCGAGGCAAUGAUUGAUAUUGCAAAACCUGAAUUUGUUUUGACUGAACCAGUUGUGAUAGUUGAUUACGAUUUGAUGAAAGUUGAUGUGAACUAUUCUAAUUUCUCAUUUAACUUCAAUCUGUUAGUCCUGAAGGAUGGACGCAUGACAUCAAUUGUCGGAUAUUUCGACACUUUCUUCGAUUUGCCGAAUAAAGUUUGGUUUUCAACUUCACCUGAAGCUAAAACUACGCACUGGAAACAAGUUACAUUCUUUUUUAAAGAUCCUGUCGAUGUUAAAAAGAAUGACCAGAUCAAGGGAACGAUAACUUGUAAACGGAGUAUACGGGAUAAAAGAUCGCUAACGGUUCGAAUUAAGAUCUUCGAUAAGGAUUAUACUUAUAAUUUAGAUUAGAAUAAUGGAAGUAAAUUUAAAUGUGAAAUGAAUUAUUCACAUUGAAUCACGUAUUAAAUCAAAUAUAUCGGAGUCAUUUGUAUUUCAAA